AUGCAAGACCCUUCAUCCCAUCGUGGGGUGCAAGCUGCGCAACGGGUGCUUCACUUUCUCACCGGAUCCACCCAUGUCACCACCUUCCGUCUCCUCUGGCUCGCGCUGCUCUUCUACGGCGAGCGAGUGGUCUUUCACAGCGCAGCCAACAGCUGUCGAUGGCCCGAACCACCCACUUCGUCCUCCUCACGAGUUGCUGUUCACGUGUUGCUCGUGACAGAUCCGCAGAUCAUCGACCGCGACACCUACCCGGACCUGCCCGGGCUGGUCUAUCCCAUCGUACGUCAUUUCUCGGACAACUACCUCAAGAACGUCUGGACGAGCUUGGCGGUCAAUCCGAACAAGUGGUGGAGUCGAGGCUACGUGACUGCGCCAAAUUCGCCAGGGACGACGAGAUGGACGGAGGCGCCCAAAUCGGGGCUAGUGCAGCCGCCAGAUGGAGUGGUCUGGAUGGGCGAUCUCACAGAUGGUGGAAGACGAGGGCGGUCUCAGGCCGAGUGGGAGGCGCUGGUGAGGCGGUUUCAUAACAUCUUUUGGAGGCCGAGAGAGGCGGAUUGGGAGGCUGUUGCGUCGACGUUGAGCACCACAAGGCAGCUGGUCGUGCCACGGACUUCGGCGGCCGACUUCAUUCCGACGUUCUAUCUCUCGGGCAAUCACGACAUCGGAUUGCCUGGUACCAGUGCGGGUCACCGGUCAGAUUCGUUGGCAAGCGAUGAUGCCAUUGAACGAUUCAACAAGGAUUUCGGCCUCAAGAUCGACGGCGGAGGAUUCGUGGUCAAAGAUCGAGACUCGUUCCUACAGUCCAGUCUCAACGGCCGCAUACUCGUCUCGUCAGAUCCGACACUCGGUGCGACACACGAGCUGAUCCUUGUCAACGCACAAGACUUGGUCGGCAUGGAGCGGGAAGGUGGAGGACCGUUCGACACGCAUCUGUCCUCGGAACAUCCGGGCAAGCUGGAUGGUCAACUCGGCGACAACGCACACAGCGUCUACAAGGAGACGUACGACUUUGUCGAGUCCGUCAAGCGCAGCGGCAUUCACCUACCUCGCGUGCUGUUCACCCACGUGCCCCUGCAUAGGCCGACAGGCGCAAGAUGCGACGACACAGCUAGGUCAUCACGGCACGGCGUCUACCGCGAAUCAACCCGACCGCUCCAUCAAGGAACAGAUCGAGGGUCGACAUACCAGAACGAGGUCUCUUCCACCGUUUCAGACUGGCUCUUGGCGUCGAUCGACCCCGUAGCAGUCUUCAGCGGCGACGAUCACGACCACUGCGAGUUCCGACACGCCAGAGUGAGCAAGGUCAGCAACGUCACCCGUUCCUUCGUGCAAGACUUCCGGGACAAGGAGAUCCCAGAACUCACCGUCAAGUCGGUCAGCAUGACCGAAGGCGUGCGCAGACCAGGCUUUGCACGACUCAGCCUGUUCUCUCCGCCGCCGACUUCGAUCGCCAGUCCAGGUCGGCAGGCUCAUGCGUCGAUCGCAUACACGCCCUGUCUGCUGCCCGAUCAGAUCGGCAUUUGGACGCAUCUCUACCUGCCGUUUUUUUUCAUCACGCUGGUCGGGCUCAAAGCUUGGCCGCGGUGGUUCAAAUCAACGUCAGUAGCGAGCGACGGCUAUCUGCCGCUCACCAACCAGCGUAGAAAGGACGACGACGACCCACCAUUGGUCAGCGAUCGAACACAGAACACGACAUCAGGAGGCAGGACAAGGUCGGGCGCUUGGCGUCACGACGUUGUAGCCGUGGCAAUCGUAGCGCUGCCAUUCUGGCUCUUUUGCCAGACGCAUUUUCUCUUCUAA